AUGGUUGCCCAGAGCGAAGCUUUCAAGAAGGCCAUCGUCGACUCCAAGAAGCUGACGUCUAAGCCGUCCACCGAUGAUCUCCUCGAGAUCUAUGCCCUCUACAAGGUCGGCAACGGUGAAGACUUCUCAAAGGCCCCGCAGCCCGGCAUGUUCGACCUGAAGGGCAAGGCCAAGUACAAUGCCUGGAAGAAACUUGUUGACGACGGCCUGACUCCCGAGGAGGCCCAGGAGAAGUAUGUGGCCAAGGUCGAAGAGAUGAAGGCCAAGUACGGCUACGACGAGAACAAGGAGCCCGAGGCUGUCGGCGGCCAAUAA